UCUCUUGUGGUGCAGCGAUGUUAAUAUACUGGUGUCGCUGACAAGGCAACGAGUGAAUUCGUGUUCUGCUGUGUUACUCUGUUCACCGUCUGCUAAAGUACGUGCAUUCCACUCAUCAAAAAAUUUUCUGUAGGAUUGUUAGACCGUGUUUAGUGGAACCUAGAGGAUCAUUGGGGUAACUGUCUAACUACUUUUCAGAAGCUUCUAUUCCAGAUUGUACUAUACCCUACCUUCCUCCCCUGUAUCCUUCGUUGCUGUCUAUUAGUCAUCGUAGGAGAUUUACGAGAGGUUGUAUUGGAAAGAGAUAGCGCUGCCUUUUUUUGAAGGUCUUGUUUUUAAUCGCAACUGGGUAUUGACUGCCACAGGAAAACCUUUGUAAGUUCUUAGAAAAGUAUAUACUAAACUAUGGGCGGGGGGGUUGGAAUUAAGCAUAAGCUAAAGGUUAUCUUGACAUUACCUGACCUAAGGUUCACUGUAUAUGAAGUUGACAAUUGGAAUCGAAUUGAGAAAAAUUCGUUUCCCAUCAAUUUGCAAGACCUCUGAGCUAUUUUAGUAAGUGACAGCUAUUUAACUGAUAGUGAAUUGUUUUACCUGUCAGUCAAUAUCACGCUCGAAUGCUUUGAAAAAACAAGGAGAAAUAUUCAAAAAUGGCGGUCGGGAUCACGUCUCUAUUGAGAACUGUUCUCUUUACUUUUUGUACGUUACAACGGUUUUCUUUUUCACUACCUUUUGGCAAAAACUAUCUGAAUAAAAAUCUUGAUUCAGCCGAUGGAGAUAUCUCUCUAGGUAACAGUAGUUCAAGGGAAAGCCAAAAUGGCAAGGUUUGUUCUGACAAAGAGUGCGUACGGGUAGCCGCCUCGAUCAAGGCGGCGAUAAACGAAAAAAUGGACCCUUGCGAGAAUUUCUAUGAAUAUGCGUGUGGAUCUUGGAUGAAAAGUCAUCCCAUUCCAAAAGAUCAACUUCAAAUCUCCGCGUUCACUGAACUGCGCGAUCAAAACAAGGAAAUGAUGAAAAAUGCUUUGGUUGAAGAUGGCGAUCAUUUUAAUGAUGUUGUUCCUAUCAGAAAACUUCGAACGUUUUUUCAAUCCUGUGUUAAUAUUCAAGCAAUUGACAAGUUGGACAAGAAGCCCGUUUUGAAUUUUAUAAACGACAUCAAUUCGUGGGCGGUUGAUGAGAAUUCUGGAUGGGCUUCCGAAGAAUGGGAUCUUUUUGAUACGCUGAAGAAAAUUCAGAAGGAAUACUCGUCCAGGAACUUGUUUUUUAGUGUGGAGACCAUCCCAGAUCCUCUUAGAAAUGACACGGACGGGCGAAAUAUUUUAUUGAUUGACAAAGCUCCGCUGGAUCUUCAUCCUUUGUUCUUCAUCUUAAGUCCAAAGAUGAUACGCUUAUUGUACAAUUACAUGACGAAUGUCACCGAACUGACUGGAGUUGAAAGACAAAUUGCCAAAUCUUCGAUGAAAGAAGUGCUUCGCUUUGAAGCGAAACUCGCUUUGAUUUCUUUUGCUAAGCGUGGUAAACUAUACGCUCGGCUGCCAUUGAGGAAGUUAGCCAAAGCCAUACCUCAGUUUCCUUGGCUUGAGCAUCUUCAAAGUUUAGUUUCUCCGAACAAGCUAACGGGAGAUGACCCGGUUCUCGUACUCGCCACUCCGUAUCUGCCAACUCUCUUUAAGAUUCUGGAUAAAACAAAGAAAGAAGUUCUUUCAAAUUUCAUCGUUUGGCGAAUGAUUAAAAGUUACGUCCCCAUGCUGGGCAAUGAUUUUCGUAAACUGUACUCAAAGUUGAAAGGUGAUCACGAAUCUCGUUCGGAGACAUGUUACACCUAUACCAGCAAAAUGCUCAGUAAUCUGCUUGGUGCUUUAUUCAUAAGAAAGCGAUUCUCGGCUAAGGUCAAAUCUGAUGUGGAAGAAAUGAUGAAUGAUAUCAUCAAAGCUUUCAAAAAUAAUACGCAAAUCGAGACGUGGCUGAGUCAAAAAAGUAGACACGCCGUAGAAAUAAAGUUAAAAAAUGUCCAAUCUAAAGUCGGUUAUCCUGAUUAUCUUUGGAACGAAGAAACUCUAAAUUCAAGAUAUGAAAAUUUGGAUGUAGAACCGAAUAAAUGGUUUCAAAAUGUUGUCAACACACAGAAAUAUUUAAAUAACAUCGAGCUUCAUCAUGUGGGCGAAAAGAUUGACACGACGCACUGGUUAGCUCCACCUCAAAUGGUUAACGCUUUUUACGUUUUGACGAAAAACGAAAUCGUGAUUCCUGCUGGUAUCCUCCAGGAACCCUUCUUUUACUCCGGUUCUAUCCCUAAAGCGUUAAGUUAUGGUGCCGUUGGUCAUGUUUUAGGACACGAGUUGACUCAUGGUUUUGAUGAUUCAGGAAGAACUUUCAACAAAAUUGGAAAGAAAGUUUCGUUCAACGAGACCGGAUGGAGUAAUAUUUCUGAUAAAAAUUUCAAAAACGCAUCCAAGUGUUUGGUGAAGCAGUUCAGUGAAUUUGAAGUCUUAGGAAAGCACAAUGUGGAUGGUAAAAUGACUCUGGGUGAGAAUAUCGCGGACGCAGGCGGUCUUAAGUUGGCUUUCAAUGCUUAUAAAAGAUGGAUUAUUGAUCACGGAGAACAGGAAAUAUUGCCAAACUUGGAUAAAAGUAACGACGAGCUGUUCUUUAUUGGAUUUGCACAGAAAAGUUGUACUAAUACCUCUCAUCUUGGUCAGUUUAUCGCUGUGAAUGACGAUGAUCAUGCCCCGUCAAAAUUCAGAGUCAACGGAGCGCUCUCCAAUAUGCCGGAGUUUUCGGAAACAUUUCACUGUCCCGUCGAUAGCAAAAUGAAUCGUAAAAAGAAAUGUGAUGUUUGGUAAUUUUUACAGUUGUAAGUAAGUGAUAAAGUUGAAAACUACGAUUCUCGGUGUCAUGUUUGGAAGAACUUCAAGAGGAAGCAACUUGAGCUGAUGAACAAUAUACAGUUACAAAGAAGAACUGCCUUACGACACUGCCAUUUGCUGUUUUUAAUCAAUAUGGACUCGACGGGAAUAGUGUCGUAGCAGUUUUCCUGUGAAUCUUUUUCAUUAGAAAAGAUUACAAACUGUUUUUAUUAAUAAAGUCUCCACAAGGCGUUUUUAUAGCUUUGAUGAAGACCGCAGCGGCAAAUUAGCGGCAAUUAGUAAAUUUUGGUAAAAACUUUUGAGUUUUUAUUCUUCUCGAUGAAAUAAAUCUUCUACAAGAACUACACAGUUCACACACGCA